UAGUGAUGGUGAUGAUGAUGAUGAUGGUAGUAGUGAUGGUGAGGAUGAUGAUGAUGGUAGUAGUGAUGAGGAGGAGGGGGUGGGUGGUGUUGUGGUGCCCCCCUCCUCCGCUCCUCACUGCUCAUGCUCCGUCCUCCUCCUCCCCCCGCUCUUCAUCUUCCCGCAGCGGAGGGAGCAGUAUGGCUGAAGGGGACGAUCUCCAGGCUUUCACCUCCAUCAUGGACGCUCUGGUGCGGAUCAGUACCAGUAUGAAGAACAUGGAGCGUGAGCUCUUGUGUCCAGUGUGUAAGGACAUGUACAAGCACCCGGUCAUCCUGCCGUGUCGGCACAACGUUUGCCAGAUCUGUGCCAGUGAGAUCCUGCUGCAGAGGGGUUACGUUUGUGACCCCAACUCCGAGCCCAACUCCCCGGCAUCCUCCCCCUCCACACGGAGCCCACGGAUGGGCAGGAGACUGGUGCCCAAGCAGGAGCGGCUGGUGAAAUCAGGUUUCGGCACAUACCCGGGCAGGAAGCGCUGUACUGCUCACACACCCAGCGUCCUCUUCCCGUGUCCCCCCUGUCGGCAUGAUGUGGACCUUGGGGAGAGGGGCUUGGGGAACCUUUUCCGAAACCUGACAUUGGAGCGAGUGGUGGAGCGAUAUCGUCAGACGGUGAACAUCAGCUCCGCCAUUAUGUGCCAGUUCUGUAAACCACCACAGCAGGAGGCCAGCAAGGGCUGCACAGAGUGCCGGGCCAGCUUCUGCAAUGAGUGCUUCAAACUCUACCAUCCCUGGGGCACCCAGAAGGCCCAGCACGAGCCCACACCCCCAACCCUCACCUUCAAACCCAAGGGUCUGAUGUGUCCGGAUCACAAGGAGGAGGUGACUCUUUACUGUAAGACGUGCCAGCGGUUGGUGUGUCAGAUCUGUCGAGUGCGGCGGACACACAGUGGGCACAAGAUCACGCCAAUCAUCAGCGCCUACCAGGCCCUAAAGGAUAAGCUCAGUAAGAGCAUCGGCCACAUCCUGGGCGGUCAGCACCUCAUACAGGGGCAGAUCAGUGAACUGGAGGAGAGCAUGAAACAUACCGAGCUGAAUGGAGCCAAAGCUCAGGAAGAGGUUCUGCAGCUGAUUGGUGCCCUGCGCUCUGCCCUGGAUGAGAAGCAGGCUGCGCUGACGCGGGACAUCACGGAACGACAACGUGAGCGCCGCUGCAUCCUGGAGGCCCAAGUGUGGGAGCGCCAAUCAUUGUUAGAGAAUUCAGGUCUGGUGAGCUACGCCCAUGAGGUGAUGAAGGAGACCGAGCAACCAUGUUUUGUCCUCGCUGCAAAGCAACUACAUGAGCGCAUUGUCCGCGCUAUAGACUCUGUCCAGGGAUUCCGGUCUGCGACCUGCGCCCCUCUGCCCCCGGUCAAACUGGACGUCAGCAGAGAACUGAAGCUACUGACAGAGCUGAACUUUGUCAGAGCUCCGGAUGCUCCGGUCAUUGACACCCAGCGGACUUAUGCGUACGAUCAGAUCUACCUGAGCUGGCGCCUCCCGCAAGACUCUGCACCUGCUUGGCACUACACCAUAGAGUACCGAAAGAUUGACCCCAAACACAAGACCCUAAAGCUAUGGCAGCGGCGGGAGGAGGUGUGGAGCCUCAGCACCAUCUUAGAGGGCCCUGAUAUUGACAGCGUGUAUGUGCUGAGAGUCAGGGGCUACAACAAGGCCGGAUAUGGGGAGUACAGUGAGGACAUCUACCUGCACACCCCGCCGGCCCCAGUGCUGAACUUCUUCCUGGACAGUAGUUGUGGGUUCCCGCGGGAUCGGCUGGUGGUCAGUAAGGAUCGGAGGGCAGUGCGCAGCGUUCCUGGGGUGCCGAUGCUCUUCGCUGCGGAGCGGCUGAUGACAAGCUGUCAUGUGUCCAUGGAGCUGGUCCUGGGAGACGUGGCCAUCACACAGGGGCGAUACUACUGGGAGUGCUCUGUGGACCCCAGCUCUUAUGUGGUCAAAGUGGGCGUGGGGCAGGAGAGUAAACUGCAGGAGCUGUUCCAGAUGCCACAGGACGUGGUCAGUCCCAGGUAUGAUCCGGACAGUGGCCAUGACUCGGGGGCAGAAGAUGCGGCCGUGGACCUGUCUCCGUCCUUCUGCUUCUUGACCAUUGGGAUGGGGAAGAUCCUGCAGCCUCACGGCAGCACCCCGACCUCCCGGGACCCCUCGGGUUGCACGGUUCCUCUACCCCCGCGGCUGGGGGUCUGUCUGGACUAUGAGAAGGGCCGCGUGGGCUUCAUUGAUGCAGUGUCGCACCGCAGCCUGUGGGAGGGCAGUGUGGACUGCUCGGGCCCGGUGUGCCCCGCCUUCUGCUUCAUCGGGGGUGGGGCCCUUCAGCUACAGGAGCUGGUGUCCGUCAAGCACGAGCGCAGGGUGACGAUUGGGGGAUUCACCAAAGCGGAAUGAAGGCGCCGUGACAUUGUGGACCAUCGUGUGGCCCCUGGGCCGGUGUCUCUUCAUCCUGUGUCUCCUUUCAUCCGGGCUGGACCCAAUGUCUCCUCCCACCCUCAGUAGCGGGGUCACCUGUCAGUGCACAGUACAACUUCUAACACCACUUUUUACGCACUUUCCUUUUUGUCGCCCGUCUUCCUUUUUCUACACGUGGACUCAGAAGACGACACAAGAUACACAAAACACGCAUGACACACGCAUGCACAUAGAGCCGGCGGGGCCCCUGUCUGUGAAGGGGUUAAUCAUCCCAUGUGUUAACCCUUCACAAGCAUAUGAAUCAGUGUGGAGGAUAUAACACCUGUGAGCGGGGGCGGGGCAGUAUGGAGGAUAUAACACCUGCUGAGCGGGGGCGGGGCAAUGUGGAGGAUAUA